UCGUGUUUUCUUACUUUUUCGAUUCCUACUAAGUCAUAUGACACAGUGGUUCGAGGCUGAUUAAAAAAAAGUCGUGAAUUUUAUUUCGUAAAAUUUUAGAGCCCAAAGCAUCCCAAAACUACUGAAAAUGACUGGAUUUUUGUUUAACAUCGAUGGAGGCUACUUGGAAGGAUUGUGUCGUGGAUUUAAGUGUGGUGUGCUGAAGCAAUCAGACUAUUUGAAUUUGGUUCAGUGUGAAACACUAGAAGAUCUAAAAUUGCAUUUGCAAGGCACGGACUAUGGCCAAUUCCUCGCCAACGAACCAUCCCCAUUGUCAGUUUCCGUCAUCGAUGAUAAGCUUCGCGAAAAGCUGGUCAUUGAAUUCCAACAUAUGCGCAACCAUGCCGUCGAACCAUUGUCCACAUUUUUGGACUUCAUCACCUACAGCUACAUGAUCGAUAACAUCAUUCUGUUGAUCACCGGUACGUUGCAUCAACGCCCCAUUUCCGAAUUGAUUCCCAAGUGUCAUCCACUCGGAAGUUUCGAGCAGAUGGAAGCCAUUCAUGUGGCCGCCAAUCCAGCGGAAUUGUACAAUGCAGUGUUGGUCGAUACGCCAUUGGCUCCGUUUUUCGUUGAUUGCAUUUCGGAACAGGAUUUGGAUGAAAUGAACAUCGAAAUCAUUCGUAACACUUUGUACAAGGCAUACUUGGAGGCUUUCUACGAAUUCUGCAAGGGCCUUGGCGGCACCACAGCCGAUGUGAUGUGCGAAAUUCUGGCUUUCGAAGCUGAUCGUCGUGCCAUCAUCAUCACCAUCAAUUCGUUCGGAACCGAACUGUCGAAAGACGAUCGGGCCAAAUUGUAUCCCCGUUGCGGUAAAAUGAACCCAGACGGUUUGGCGGCCCUUGCCCGUGCCGACGAUUACGAACAAGUUAAGAAUGUGGCCGAAUAUUAUGCUGAAUAUGCAGCUCUGUUCGAUGGAUCCGGCAACAAUCCCGGCGACAAGACUUUGGAAGACAAAUUCUUCGAGCAUGAAGUGAAAUUGAAUGUGUUUGCAUUUAUCCAGCAAUUCCAUUUCGGCGUUUUCUAUUCGUACUUGAAGUUGAAGGAGCAGGAGUGCCGUAAUAUCGUCUGGAUAUCGGAAUGUGUUGCACAGAAACAUCGUGCCAAGAUCGAUAAUUAUAUUCCGAUCUUCUAAGCUAUCCAAACACACAAAGCGUAAAAACAUGGAAAAAAAAUAUUUUUCGUUUCGGUAAUUUGGUUCAAAAAGACAAAACAAAAGCCAGCAACAACAUUCCAUUAGGAAGUCGCAUUAUUCAGGAUGAACUAAAUUUUUUAUUAUUAUUUUCUUCUCCAUCAUUUUCCUUUGGGAAAAUUUAUCAUUUUCUUUAUUGUUUUUUGACGUGUUUUUAUGGAAAAUUUUGUUAUUCGUUGUAAAAAGUAUUAUAAAUUUAUUACGUUUGGUCUUUGGUCGUUUCACAAUGGGAUCUAUUGGUUCCCAAUCAAAAUUUACAUACAGAACGUAAAACAAUUCUGAUCGAUCAACUAUACCACGGCAUCAGAAUUCUUACAAAAAAAAAAAUCAAUUUCCUCAUCAAACGAUCAUUGAACAAUCUAAUUGUAAAUAAUGAGCAUGUACAGCAAGAAGCAGAAAAUUUAAACAGAACAAUUCUCUCGAUUGAAUUGAAUAUUGAACCGUUUGCAGAACCGUGCUUCUAGAAAGCAUUUUUUUUGCAUUUCUGAGAUUAAAAACAAUUUAUAGUUGGAAUUACAGUCGAGAUUGGCGUUCUAAAUUUCUAAAUUCAUGUUAACGUCGUCGAGUUCAACAUAAUUUUUAGCUAGUCUGAUGCGCCACAUGCAUCCGAUGUAGAACUCGUACAUCUCUCUAUUGUCGUCGAAAUUUUAUGCAAUGACCUAAGUACUUUCUGCGUUAAGACUACGGAUACUUAUUGAGUUACGAGGUUUUCAUCCAAUUCAAAAGAAACUCGAAGCUUUCAAAAGCUUACCAAGCGAAAAUGUCUUUACGUUGUAUUGGGGUUUACUGUGGGCAUCAUUGUGUAUCUUGUAAGACGGCUGUAUGGUGAAAAAAUCUUGUUGUUCAAUUUCAGAUAUAGUAAGUGGAUGUUAAAUAAAUUUUCGUUUUCUCGUAUUAUUCACACUGAAACAUUGUAUGAAAUGCAUAAAAAUAUAUUUAAAAAGAAUAAAAGCUAUUUAAUAACCA